AUGGAGGUUCAACCUAACAGCCCUAGUACUCAAGAUCUUCAACCAAACCCUAAUCCUAACCCUAACCCUAACCCUAGUGAUCAUGACCGAAAUCCUUUACCAAAAGAUCAAUUGCCCAUAACAACCAAAACCACACCCUCAAAUUCCAAAAAGCUAACACUUCUACCCCUCAUCUUCCUCAUCUACUUCGAGGUUGCCGGUGGCCCUUAUGGUGAGGAGCCCGCGGUGCAAGCCGCCGGACCCCUCCUCGCCCUCCUCGGCUUCCUCCUCUUCCCCUUCAUUUGGAGCAUUCCGGAAGCCCUAGUCACCGCGGAGCUCUCCACCGCCUUCCCCGGCAAUGGCGGCUUUGUCAUCUGGGCCGAGCGAGCCUUCGGACCCUUCUGGGGCUCCCUCAUGGGAACCUGGAAGUUCCUCAGCGUGGUGAUCAACAUUGCAGCCUUUCCGAUCCUCUGCGUCGACUAUCUUGAGAAGAUCUUCCCGGUUUUCGACUCCGGUUGGCCUCGUUAUGUCGCUAUUUUCGCCAUGAUCUGCAUCCUUGCCAUCCUUAACUACUUCGGUUUAACCAUAGUCGGCUACGUUGCCGUGGCUUUAGCUCUCGUUUCGCUCUCGCCGUUUAUUCUUAUGUCGUUGAUUUCGAUUCCGAAGAUUCGUCCCCAUCGAUGGAUUAGCUUGGGGCAGAAGGGAGUGAAGAAGAAUUGGAAUUUGUACUUCAACACUUUGUUUUGGAACUUGAAUUUUUGGGACAAUGUUUCCACUUUGGCUGGGGAAGUUGACCAGCCUCACAAGACAUUCCCUCUCGCUCUCUUAGUCGCCGUCAUAUUCACUUGUUUAUCAUAUUUGUUACCACUUUUCGCCGUCGUCGGGUCGGUUUCGGUGGAUCAGAGCCUGUGGGAGACCGGAUUCCAUGCCGAGGCGGCGCAAAUCAUCGCCGGGAAGUGGCUGAAAGUUUGGUUAGAAAUCGGCGCGGUGUUGUCCGCAAUCGGACUCUUCGAAGCUCAACUAAGCAGUUCUGCGUACCAAAUUCUCGGCAUGGCUGAUCUAGGUUUUUUGCCUAAAAUCUUCGGUCUUCGCUCAAAGAAAUUCAACACUCCAUUUGCAGGUAUUUUAUUGUCCACCGGAAUCGUUCUUGCUGUUUCUUACCUAGAUUUCACGGUCAUUAUUUCGUCAGCAAAUUUCUUGUACAGUUUGGGAAUGUUGUUGGAAUUUGCUUCGUUUAUUUGGCUAAGGAGAAAAAUGCCUGCCUUGAAGAGACCAUAUAAGGUUCCAAUGAGAUUGCCGGGAAUAGUCAUAAUGUGCUUGAUUCCAUCUGGGUUUUUGAUUUUUGUCAUGGCCAUAGCUACCAAGAUUGUGUUCUUGAUUAGUGGGGUUAUGACUGCUGCUGGGAUUGGAUGGUAUUUCUUCAUGAAGUUUUGCAAGGCAAGAAAUUGGUUUAAAUUCAACAACAAUGAAUUCAAUCCUGAUGAGGAUUCAUAA